UGAACCCUGAAACUGGUAUAAAUAAAGAACAUUAGCUGAUGUUCCAUUGGUGUUCAAACCAGUUGAGUGAGCAGACGUCAAGAUGUUUAAGUCCAUCGUGUUGUUUUCCUGCUGUAUCGUCUUGUCUGCCGCAUAUACGACUAAAGAACCAACACCGAUCUGUAAAGGUGAAAACGAAGUAUACACAGACUGCAAACAAACAUGUCCACCAGAAAUCUGCUUCUCAAUCGUUGCCUUUUACGACUGUUACGACAAACCAGCCUGCGCAGAGAAGGGAUGCGCUUGUAAGCCCGGAUACCUACGCAAAGGAACGAACACAUCCUGUGUACCCCUGUGCGAAUGUCCCGAACUCGUCAAUGCCCCUGAAUGCAUGGCCAAAAAAGCCAAGACUUUGAAUUGAGAAACAAACGCCAAGAGAUCUUCGGUGGACGAAAUUGGAACUAAUUGAAGCAAAAAUGAGGAAGGACGUCCUAAAGCGACAGUGGCGCCGUUUUUUGACUUUUUUUUGACUUUUGUAAUCUGUAAUCUAUUUUAUGAUGAAAAAAGGCAGAUGAAGAUAUUUAAAACCUGUAAUGAAUAAACGUAUAUUUUGGUGUAGUUA